GGGUAGUCCUGUCCACCUCCGCCCGUAUUCGAUUUUGAGGGACUGAGCUUCAAACUUUUUUUUUACCCCAGAAAGCAAGGUACCCUUUGUGCAAGUAGGAGAGAGCCAGCUUGCAGACUUUUAUUGCCAAUUGCAACCCCUGGAGCGUUCCUCAGGCCAUCCCACACACCCGUCUCGAUUUCCACAGCUUUCCCCUCAUAGUUACUGAUCUACGGCUACCCCGCGAAACUAUGACGUUCUUCCAGAAAAACCCCAAUGUUGGGGAUACCACUCAUCUAGAAGAUUCAAGAAUCCGCGGCUACAACCCUCUCACCCCCCCCAACCUCCUACAACAUGAGAUUGCCUUGACCGAGAAAUCAAGACAAACCGUCCUCCAGGGACGUGACGAAGCCAUUGCUGUCGUUCAUGGCAAAGACAAGAAGCACCGUCUCCUAGUCGUCAUCGGACCCUGUUCAAUUCACGAUCCCGAGAUGGCUCUAGAAUACUGCGACCGGUUAUUGAAGAUGAAGGAGAAAUACCAGGACGAGCUUCUCAUUGUUAUGCGCUCGUACCUUGAGAAGCCUAGAACGACUGUCGGCUGGAAAGGUCUCAUCAACGACCCAGAUAUUGACAACAGCUUCAACAUCAACAAGGGCUUGCGGAUCUCGCGCCAGCUCUUCGUUGAUCUGACAAACAAGGGUAUGCCCAUUGCUAGUGAAAUGCUGGAUACAAUUUCGCCACAGUUCCUAGCAGAUUGUCUCUCCGUCGGAGCGGUUGGAGCACGAACAACGGAAUCGCAGGUCCAUCGGGAGCUGGCCUCCGGUCUGUCCUUCCCUGUUGGUUUCAAGAACGGUACCGACGGCUCGCUUGACGUGGCUGUUGAUGCUAUCGGUUCCGUUCAACAUCCUCAUCAUUUCUUGUCUGUCACAAAGCCCGGUGUUGUCGCUAUCGUUGGCACCGUGGGAAACCCUGAUUGCUUUGUCAUUUUGCGUGGUGGCAAGAAGGGUCCCAAUUAUGAUGCCGCCAGCAUCAAAGAGGCCAAGGAGAAGCUGAUUGCCAAGGGCUUGACUCCUCGCCUGAUGGUCGAUUGCAGCCACGGAAACUCGCAGAAGAACCACAAGAACCAGCCCAAGGUCGCGGAAGUUCUAGCCGCCCAGAUAGCAGAAGGGGAGGAAGCCAUAGCUGGAGUGAUGAUUGAAAGCAAUAUCAAUGAAGGUACCCAAAAGGUCCCGCCCGAGGGCAAGUCCGGCCUCAAAUACGGUGUCAGUAUCACGGAUGCUUGCAUCAACUGGGAAGAUACCGAGACGACACUCGAGACGCUUGCGCAGGCCGUUCGCUCGCGGCAACAGAAGCUCGCAAAUUGAGCUUCUAGGUAAAUGGUACAAUCUGCUUAAGACUUGUUACAUCUCGGGCAUCUAAAAUGGUUUUGUUAGCGGAUUUGCAAUAAAAGUAGGUUAGUGCAUAUCAAUUCAUUCAACGGCGCUUCAAGCCGUGGACACCUAUAAGCCUUACUACUAGUAAUCUCCUGG